UGGCGCCGCCCCUGGUCAGAUGUCGAUUCAUUGUAACGGUGUCGUGUUACAGACGUGCUCCCCUUGUCACCUCUCACUCUCGCGUGUCAGCGCUGAUAGAGAACUGCGCACAAGCACAAGCCUAGCUCAUAAGCCGAGGACCACUGCGCAAUGUGAGGCCCUAUGCAGCCUGCAUGAUCGGCCUGUAGGGAGGGACGGCCCUGUCUGUGCCUAUGCACUCGUAUACUUUCUCUAUAUGAUAUGUAUAGCAGUGCAUGUUUUAUGAAUAGUGUCACUGUCACUUAGUAUCUGAUUGGAAAAUUGUGUGUGUGUGUUUUUUUUCUUCUUCUUUUUGUCUAUUUGUGUGUGUUCAAGUGCUGCCAGUAUGAAAGAGAAGCCCCUCUCCUCUCUGUGCACCCCCGCUCUGGUGGUGGAUGUGGACAAAGUGAAGAGAAAUGCCCUGAGGAUGAUCGAGCGCUGUCAGAAUCUGGGGGUCCAGCUUCGGCCCCACAUGAAGACCCAUAAAACCCUUGAGUGUGCUGACAUCAUGACAGGUGGAUCACGGAGGUGCAUCGUGGUCUCCACACUGGCAGAGGCCUGUUUCUAUGCCGAUCAUGGGUUUGAUGACAUCCUCUAUGCAUACUCUCUUCCCCUUGAUAAGGUGGAGCGCUGUGCCGACCUCUCAGAGAGGCUGGAUCUCUUCCAGAUUUUACUGGAUCAUCCUCAAGCUCUGGAUGAGCUCAAAAAGAGACCCCUGAGAGACGGUCGGCUGUGGCACGUCUGGCUCAAACUGGACUGUGGUAAUGGGAGAGCUGGGGUCCUGCACUCGCAGCCUGAGGCGAUCAGCUUGGCUCAGGCCAUCGUUGGGACGAAAGGUGUGGAGCUAACAGGAGUGUACGCUCACUGUGGGAACAGCUAUAACUGCAGAGGAGUGGAGCAGAUUCAGGCCGUCGCCCAGGAAACCACUGACCUGACUCUGCAAUUCAUGGAAAAACUGAAGGCUUCUGGGAUCACCUGUAAAUCCAGCAUUGGCUCCACCCCUUCCUGUAGUCACCCAGUAAAAGACAUGGGGAAGCUCAGCGAGGUGCAUCCUGGGAACUAUGGAUUCUAUGACGUGCAGCAGUCUGUGAUUGGCUCGUGUACUCUGGAGGAAGUGGCUGUGAAGGUUCUGACGAGAGUCAUCGGACACUGUCCUCACAGGAACCAACUCCUGAUCGACUGUGGAUGGUGCGGACUCAGUCUAGACGGAGCUGGAAAACUUCCCACUGGAUAUGCUGUGAUUGAAGGACACACAGACCUCAAGUUGUUGUCUAUGACCCAGGAGCAUGGCCGAGUGGAGCCCAUCUCAGGGCCGCUGGACUACAGUAAAUUCCCCCUGGGCUCUCUGCUCACACUGAUCCCCUACCAUUCGUGUGCAACUGCAGUGAUGCAUCCUGUGUACCAUGUGCACUCUGAGGGCCGUCUGCUGGGCAAGUGGAUCCCGACGCGCGGGUGGUGAACAGAUAGCUAACUUGUCAAUCAUGUCAUUUGUAAUUAAUCCCAGAAUAUAAGUGUAGAGAUGUUCCAAAACCACUGAUUUAAUAACACUUUGCGUACUGUGUAGACCUCUGUUUUGUAUGUGAAGCAAUUUGAUGAAAAAUAAACAAAUGUAUAUGCUUUUAAAUGUUUAAAUUAAUAAAAGCUGUAGCUCUA